UGUUUUGUAAAAGUAAUAUAACAAGCCACGCCGAUUGACAAAUCAAAUCGUGGAUAUCGCUUAGAUAUUUAUAUAACAACAGAAAAAUCUAAUUUUUACCCGUAUUUUUAUGGGCGAAUUUCUAAAUAUAUAGAUAAUAAUUGAAAACAAUUUUUUGUCAGGCGGAUGUAAUAACCAGAAGAAUAGAAAUAAUUUUGGAAGAAAUGUUUCGUUAAGUCGGGGUUAAAAUGUUUCCUAUUACGAAAACGAAAUGUAAAGGUUUAUCCGUUAAUACUGAAAUGAAAUAAAAUUUUACUUAUUUCAGCUUUAAAUGUCUUUACACCUAGUCGAAUGCCGAUGUCAAUCAGGAUGAUUUUCAAUUAAAUUUAAACAACUUGAACGUAUCAUUUUGUGAGAAGUCGGACUUCGGAAAGAAAACCCACAAUUUUAGUCGGGAAUUUUUCGAAAGAAAAUUUAUUUUUCUUUUUGAAAAGGAAAUUUAUUUAAAUCUCAGAGGAAAAAAACUUUUUUCCAUUUUAUUACCGAAGGAUGAGUGCAAUUCUCUUCCCCGAGUCGUUUCCUUUCUCAGGGAACUCAGAAUGUGUCACUGUGAACUACAACAAAAAAUUCAUUAUUGGUGGAAAACGACAACGUGACUUGGAAAUAAAGAGGAGACUUCAAGGAACAGUGAGAGGGGUCGAGAAUCCGCUAGAAUAUUCCUUGUGUGACAGCCGAAAGGAUUUAUCAUCAUCGCUCGUCGCCGCGCGCUUUUUCCAAAUAUCCAGUGUAUCUCCGGGAACACCUACGAAGAACCAACGGCACUCAACUUUCGAUAGACUUUAACCGCCAUCCGAGGCAACAGAGACAUCUCCAAGGCGUCUCAACGACUACACAGACAUCUGAAAAUCCGUACAUAGUGCUUCACGUAUUUAGAAUGACCCGCGAUGUUAUGUAAGCUCUCUCUCCAACUCGGUUCUCGCUAAGAAACUUUAAGGAGAAGAAGCGUUUUGUUAAUCGGAAUGCGAAUAUCUCUAAGGCGAAACUGCCGCAUGAUUGACCCGCUAACUCGUUAAACUUGGAAGAUAAAAAAUUGGAGUUAAGAAGAAUAAUAACGUCAUAAAGGAGAAGAGACGAUACUUUUUCAGAUUGAAAAUGCCGAUAAAAGCGGGAUUGGCCUACAAGUUUUUAUCUAAGAAGUUCGAAAAUCACGGAAGAAUCGUCAACAGAAAUGCCCCCUGGUUCUUGGCUUUUCCCAUUUUCAUUACACUUUUAUUGACUACGGGAAUUCAGAGAUUAAAAAUAAACUUUAGUGACGAUACACUGAUUAGCGAAAUCGGUAUCAUCGGCAAAUAUAAAUCGCUCUUAACCGAGUUGUUUCCCACCGAUUAUUCAGAAUUCUACCCCGAAAAAUCCGUGGAACCACUUUAUUACGGGACUGUAAUCGUCGAGCCAAAAGACAAAGGAUCUGUUUUACGAUCAUCCGUCUUCCAAGAAAUAACGAAGUUAGACAAAAUCAUACGUGAAUUUACCAUUACGGACGAAGGCCGGUGGAAGUACGAAGAUUUGUGCGCUAAAAAUAAGAAAAGGUGUUGGCGGAAUAAAAUCCUUCUUCUCCAAAAGCACAUGGCUCAAAUAGAAAACGGAACAUUUCCACUGAAAUAUCCUAGAAACGACAGCGACGACAUCAAAGAGGAAGAAUACAAUUUAGUCUCUUUAGGAGGAGUCACCGUUAAUAAUAAAAGUGAAAUCAUUUCUGCUCGAGCUCUCAGAUUAGUUUAUAUUUUAAACAGUCGGGAUAAAACACGAAAAAGACUGAGCAGAAAAUGGCAGAAGAAUUUUAUCGAUAACAUCGAUAAGCUGAACUUUAGCGACAUAAAUGUGGUCAAAGAUCACUCUUUUUCUCACGAAGAAUCGAAGACGGACCUUUUACUGCUUUUCAGAAAGUACGUGUUCUAUUCUAUGUUAUUAAUGGUACUUUUCGUUAUUGGGACGUGCCUUUCGCCGGAUUUUCUCAGAAGCAAGCCGUGGAUAGGAAUCUUGUCCACGGUUGUUACUGGCAUGAGUGUAAUUUCCGGAAUUGGAUUAUUGAUGUAUUUAGGAUUUGCGGUUACGGUUACGACUAUUAUUGUUCCGUUUCUUGUCUUAGGAAUCGGGAUGGACGAUACGUUUAUUAUGUUAUCGGCUUGGAUGAAAGCAGAAAAGACAAAAUCUGUAGAAGACAAAAUGGCAGAAAUGUUCUCCGAAACGGGUGUUUCUAUAACCAUCACAUCCCUCACCAACAUCACUUCUUUCGUAGUGGGGAUUAUAUUUAAUUCGGUACCCGAAUUUCGAGAGUUCUGCUUAUUCAUGGCAACGUGUUUGACCUUUGACUACAUCUACCAAAUCACGUUUAUCGGAGCUUGUUUUGUGUAUUGUGGAAAAGCUGAAGAAAAGAAUUUACAUUCCUUAUUAUUUCUUCCUUUGAAGAAAUUCUCUUCUACAGUUGCAGGUAGAAAGAGUUUACUGAAAAACAUAUUUUGCUACGUUCAAGCCGAAUCCACCGAUAAAAACACUCGUUGUUGGCUUAUUAGUAACACGUGGGAAAAUUUCAUCCAAUCUCUGACAACGAAUGUUGCAAAACUUUUUGUAAUAAUAUUGUAUCUCUUGUAUUUAGGGUUCGCAAUUUGGGGCAUUACCAAACUGUCUUUUGAAGCUGAUUUAAAUUUAAACGUCAUCGGGGACACAUAUCGAGAUCGAUAUUAUAGAUUACAGAAACAAUAUUAUUAUCAAUAUCAACACAGAUUACAGUUUAUUAUUCUAGAGAAGCUGGAUUACGCCGAUCCUCUGGUCCAACAGAAAGUCGAAAAAACGAUGCAAACGUUAGAAUCCGAUCCUCUGAUUGGUGGAUCGCUAAUGACGGAAUCCUGGUUGAGGAGUUAUCUUCGGUUUGUUUCGGAUAAGAGAAUAUCUCUGUUGUUCUCUUCGUAUAAUUUGACAAACACCGAGGAUUUUAUAUUUGUUCUUAGGAAUUUUUUUCUUCGUAUUCCCGAGGCGAAAAGAUUUAAAAACGACAUUUCGUUCGAUUCAAAUAACAGAGAUAUCGUCGCUUCUCGUUUCUUUCUUCAAACGAAUGUGACUAGAGACGGAAAACAUUUCUAUUCUCAAUUAGUGAAAAUGAGAAGAAAAUUAGACGAAACUCCAUUGAAUGGGAUUAUAUAUAAUUGGAAUUUUUUCUACUUCGAUUUAGUCGAUAUAAUUCCCGUUACGGCUAGCCAAACCUUCUCCGUCGUGUUGGCGGCAAUAUUUGUCGUUUGCGUUAUUCUCUUGCCGAGUUACGUUUCUAUCUUAUGUGUGCUGUUAGACAUAGUUUCUGCGGGGAUAGGCGUUCUAGGUUACAUGUCGUACUGUAACAUUAAUCUGAACUUGAACUCUAUUACCAUGUUCAUUAUCGUUAUUGGAUUUUCUGUAGAUAACGCGGCCCACGUGUCGUGUGCUUACGUCUCUUCCAGCGAUACCGAUCCUAAUCGUCGUUUAGUUAGGGCCGUAUCUUUGACCGGAAUACCGGUCAUUCAAGGUUGUACCACGACCGUUUUAGCCUUAGUAAUGAAUGUAUUUUUACCUUCGCCGGAAUCGCACGACGCAGUAAUCAUAAUAAGCAUUUCUUGUGCCAUAGCGAUCUUGCACGGAGUGUUAUUUAUUCCCGUCAUCAUGACUCUUUUAAGUUCGAUUGGCAGGAAUUCGUGCAAAAGACAAAAUCGCGAAGACGAGAACGUAAACGAUAUUUUUCCUAAACAAAAAUCUGCUCCGUGUGGAGUGGUAAAUCUGGCAAUGAAAGAAAUCGACGAUAAUUAAGUACGAGACGUUACCUUUUACGUGCAAUCAAAUUAGAACAACGCUAAAGUAUUUGAUAACUGUGCGAAGCGUUCAUUUAAUUACAGUACAGAAUACACGAGUACGCGUGUUCGGUUACUACGCCCCAAUUCGACCAAUUAAAAUUUUUCUAUAGGGUUUAUUGCUAUAAAAAUUUCUUGUUAAGCUUUCACUUUUAUUAAAUUUAUAGUCGACAUUAUACGCCCAAUGAUCUAUAUGUAAAUAAUAUAUUGAAAUUACUUUUAAAUUACUGUUGAUGAUAUUUCUCUCGUUACUGAUGUUGAAAAUAACCGUACUCUUUUAUAUAUUUUAUAAAUAUUUCUGUUUUUUUUCGAGAGUUUAUUAUUUAAAUGCUUGUUUGAGUUUAGUUAAUUCUUAUUUUAUUAAACAUAACAUUCUCAUAGAUUGAGCACGAACAUUAUUUUGCUUGUGCCCAUUAUAUUUCUGUUUAUUGUCAUUUGUUCAAUACAAGAAAAGCUUUAAUAAAAUAUAUAGUAAACUGGGGAAAUAUGGCAACUAAAUUUUAUUUUAUAAAUGUACGGCGACUGUAUACAAAUAGAACAAAGUCAAGAAAGUAUUUGUAUAAUCUUUACUUACACUACCAAAUAGAUGUUUCGCCAAAUACGAAGCGAAUGUAAGGCGAUGUCCAUAAAUGAUGUCUAUGUUACCGCUAAAGCUCGAA